CAGCUCCACACAACAUCCUAACACCAUCUAGGGGACUUAAUCCGACCUUCACUACCAAAUACAACAGCACAGCAUUUUUUCACGUUGUCAUGGAGGACCAACUAAAACAUCAUUCUGUUUGCCAUACCUGCUCGAGAACAGACAGUUUCGUAAAUAAGGUCAUAAAGAUGUUCUGGUCCAUACGGAUGCCAAUAUGCAUACUGUUUUUAACCCUGUCUGCCUUCGAAGUUGCUUCAGCUGAAACGUUAUGUGGCGGAGAGCUGGUGGACGCUCUACAGUUUGUGUGUGAAGACAGAGGCUUCUAUUUCAGUCGACCAACUAGUAGGUCAAACAGUCGACGUUCUCAAAAUCGUGGGAUUGUGGAGGAGUGUUGUUUUAGUAGUUGCAACCUUGCUCUGCUAGAACAGUACUGCGCUAAACCUGCCAAGUCAGAGAGGGACGUUUCAGCCACAUCGCUGCAGGUCAUUCCAGUGAUGCCCGCAUUAAAACAGGAGGUCCCAAGAAAACAUGUGACCGUCAAAUAUUCCAAAUAUGAUGUGUGGCAAAGAAAGGCUGCUCAGAGGCUACGGAGGGGCAUCCCUGCCAUCUUGCGGGCCAAGAAGUUCAGGCGGCAGGCGGAGAGAAUCAAGGCCCAGGAGCAACUGCUCCACCACAGGCCUCUCAUCACGCUUCCCAGCAAGCUGCCUCCCAUCCUUCUUCCCACAGAAAACUACGUUAGCCACAAGUGAAAAGACAGGAUCGUUUGCACAGAGUUGAUAAAAAAGACUGAGGGAUCAAAAGCUUUUUUGUCUCUGACGUCAUUUCUGUGGCAGUCCUCAACAACCCUUCUUCCUACCCCACCAAACCUGCUCACAUGCUCUUCCAGUUUCUAUUCUUACUGUUUCGUUCACCAACAAAAAGGCACAUCGUAAACGAGAGGAAUUCAGGUGAAGAAGCAAAGAAAAGAGCAAAGCAGUCGUGGAACGUCUUGCCAGGACAUCAGAGAGCGCGAGGAACAGCGAAAGCUAGCAUGAAAGAACCCAUUCCACUGCAUUCUCCCAAGACAAAAGUAUUUCUCUUUUAGUCCUUUUACAUAUUAGUUUGCACCUGUAACUAUAAAGGGACAUCCACACUGUAAGGAAUUGUUGUAAAAUUAGAUUCCUGUUCCAGCACCUUGUAAUCACAAAUGAAAAGCAGAAGAAGCGUCUGCGAAUUGCACAUCGCCACGGAUUACGUCAAAGUUCUUGUUAAGUAAAUAAAAAAGGCACUAUUUUUUUAUGGACUAUGAACGUGUAGCUCAAAAAAUGUCAUGGUGCUAGCUUUGGGAAAGGACUCAGAGGAGAAGGGUUUUAAAAGCACGUUUUUUUUUUUCCUUUGAGACUUUAUUAAGCUUUCCGUUUUAAGGAAAGCGUGACUUUCGAAAGGGUAAUCAUGAGCAUAUUGGCGGCGAGGGAGAUCGCUGCAUGCAGACGUGUAUGUAAGACACGCGAUGUAUGCUUUGGGUCCCACGCUGCCAUCGCGAAAAAGGAAGGAGCAGUGUGGGGACGCUGGAGGGAUCAUGUUCAAGCGCCUGGACGUGGGGAACUCAAGCGUGGCUGCACAAAACCCCUGCUUUGCACUGCAGGAAGAGAGACAUUGUGACCUUGAAAAAGUGGGAUGUUUGUAUUUUCUAUGUUAUUUUUUUUCGUGACAAUGCUUCAAGGAAAAAAAAGAAAAAAAGGAGGGAAAAAAAGCCCAGUUUCUGGUACCGUGACAUUCUUGUUGCAAAAUAGGCUUUGUGUUUUUGUAACGUUAUUUUACAGUUCUGAAGAAAAAAAAAAAGGCACAAAUAUCAAUUCAAAGGGAAAAAACGCAAUAAUGUCAACUAACAUAUAUUUUUAACGUUUAUCCGUAGUAUUCACAUGCUUUUGCCUGAAAACAAAUACUUGAAUAUAUAUAAAUAUAUAUAUAUGAAUUAAAUAUAAAAAUAUAUAUUGUAAUUAGUUUCCAGGGACAUCAUGUACUAUUCUUUUAGUCUGAGCUGUAUCUUGCGUAAUGAGCCGCCAAGCUUCUUUUUGUUUGUUUGUUUGUUAAAGUACAAAUAUGGGCACUGUAUAAAGGCAUUAUUUAUUUUGUUAUAAAAUUAUAUAUAUAUAUAUAUAUUAAAUCGGUCCAAAUACAGUAAUAUACAUAGCACUGAUGCUCAACUGACGGAUUUUAUUUGAUGUGCUCUCCCCCGUUUUACAUGUAAAUGCUUUUUUGUAGAUGCUUUGUACCAAAAAAUAUUUCCUUUUCUCCUUUUGGUUAGCCACUGAGCUAUUUUAAAAUCAAUAUUUUAACAGCAGCUGUAGCCUGGAUCGCUUAGGCAUGUUGUAAUACAAAAAUAGGCACAUACUCAGAAGACUCUCUCUCUCUCUCCCUCCUGCAUGGCUUUUUAAUCUGCCAAAUGGAUUUCUCUUUAUAUAAAAUAAAUAAAUAAAAACAAAUGAAAAACAAAAACAUACAAAAAUAAAACCCUGCAUUUAACUUUUCUGCAUAAAACUGGUCUCAAUGGAAGUGUUCACAAACCACUACAGUUUAAGACACUUUACUGCCAUUUUCACUGUUGUAUCAUCGGUCUGGGGUAGGCAGCAACUGAGAGCCAUGUUUUGAGGGUCGAGAAGAGCCUGCGCUAGGAUGAAGGUGUUGUCCCUGGUUCAAUGUUUUCCUUUGUUGCUGAGCAGCUGUAAGGCAGAGUAAAAACAAACCCAUUAUGGCGAUGCCACAAAGAAUGAACUGUUCAUACAUCCUCUCAAUCUCACCAUCUUCUAAUAACAUGCCCUAAAUCCUCUUAUUUCCUUUGGGUUGGGGUGGUUUUCUCAAGUCCUCCAUGUAUCUUCAUCUCAGUUGUUGAAGGGCUACCGUACUUAGUUACCCUAAUACUCAGGAAAUAUCAAUGGAAUUACCCAACGCAAGGCCAUUUUUUGGAUGUUUAUUUUAUUUAAAGGUCAUAAAAUGUUACUAUAGUAUUGCUUAGUACCUAAAGGUCUAAGUGCCUCCCCCUCUCUGCCUUGAUAAUCCAUCCUAUUUAUCUGAUUCAUAUCAGUUGUGAUGAAGCAGUGCAAUUAUUUUAAUUAUUCUCAUUAUUUUUUAUUAUUCGAGCAUCCCAACUGCCAUUUUUUUUUCUACGAUGUUAUUCUUGCAAGCACUGCGUUAACUGUUUGUUCUUUCCGAACUGGUUAUUUAACUUUCUGUGCGAAAGAACCAUGCUUUUGCGCUCAAAAUGAAGGGAUCUUUCUGACUUUCUUUGGCAACGGUUUAAUAUCAGUAGCCCACACAGCCUGUGUGUAUUUUUAAUUGAUUUAACCUCUGCACGCUAGAAAAUACGUCCGAAAAUGCACAAUCCAUGUACUUUCAUUUUUAAUAUCAAUAAAAAACAUUUUAUCGAACAUGUU